GUUGCCGGGCAAAAGGACGCAUCGUGGGACCUCCAGCAGCUGAAGCAGGAGGUUCAGAUCAUCGCGAGCCGAACGGACAAGACGGAAGUGCAGCUGCAGGCCUCGGUGAAUGCGAUCUUGGCCCAGCUGAGCUCCGUGCAGCUCUCGCAGCAGGCGGCUCCGACUGCCCACGGCAUGGUGCAAGCGGCUCAUGCACUCCCACUUCCCUCGCCAAGGCGCUUCCACGAGGGAUCCCUGCCGGUACUCCCGGCCCCCCAG